GGCAUGAUCCAAAGAAAGGACCCGGCCCCCAUGCCCUGUCUUUUUUGCUUUGGGCUACGUAUGGGCAUUAGCCACUUUCAAUUUUUGGUAUGCAUCAAUUAAUGCCACUGCUCCUCGGUAGGGCCCUGUCUGGUUCUUGCUGGCUUGUGAAGAGCCUGAAUAAGAUCUCUCUGAUCAGUGCCAAGAUCAUCAGGGGGGCCUGCUUCUGCUGCUUUACAUUCAAGUGGGCACCGAUGCCUUUCAUCUUCUUCCUGGUGCUAGCAAGAUAAAACCCCUCCCUGGACCAAUCGCUUCCCUGCUUCUUUGCCUCAAGGUCUUCGUCAGUCGUCACAAGCCAUUCACCUGCGUUGUAGGCAUUCUAUCAGGAAAUGUUCUGCUUUCCAUUUUAGGUGCAUCUGCUAAUGAGCUUCAGUUGAUAGCUGCUGCUUCUUCCACUAGCGGAUCAUCUCUUGUGACACUUGAAAAGCUUGCUGCUUUUGCUGUUGCUAGCUCUUUCAGAUUGAAAUCUCUGUAGGAGAGUAGCUAGGAAGGAGGCGUUUCAUAGGCCGUCUUCGUCGGUGCUUUCUCCAUGAUUUAAUAAGGUUUGAAGCCCCGUCCGGCCUCAAGAUGUCCAGUAGCGAUCCAUCUUAUCAGCAGCUGGGGUUGGACGCCAUCAGCACUUGUUUCAUCCCCAGCAGCAGCGGCAGCAUGAUGAUGUGUUCAUCCGAAGCGCCAUUCUUCCACCCAAGCAUCGUCGUCCCGCACGAUGCGAGCUUCCUCUCCGGCUCCGGCUCCGGCGUCGGUGCAGACGUGGCCGCGCAUUACAACUACAUGGCGAACGACGCCAUGGAGACGGACGAGGACGCCUACGCCGGCGCCGAGAGCUGCAGCACCGUGCACUCCAUGUCCAUGCUCCCCGCCUUCGCCGCCGGCCCGCUGGGCUUCUUCCAGUACGGCGGCCCGGCUGACGUCACCAUCGCUCAGCCGCCGUCCAGGAUGUCCAAGCUGAUCACUGGAGAGCCACACUGCAACAGCUGGCUCUACGACGGACCCAGCGCCGUCUCGAUCCAUGAGCCGUAUUACCUGGCGCCGUUCUCCGGCGCCGGCAGCUUCCCGGCCGCGAGCGGGCUCUCGCUCAGGCUCGGUGCUGCCCUGUCUUCGUCGGUCACCAUGGCGAGCUUGCCGGAGCAGUCCUCGGAUGUGAGCUGCUCUGGCCUAACCCAUGCCAACAGCGAAGGCUUUGGCUAUCAGCAGCAGCCUGAGACGACCGUGAAGGCACACGCAGAAAGCGACGACGGCAUGCCGAUGCCGUUCCAGCUUCCUCCUUACCCAGAGAUGUACUCGACGCCUCCGCAGUUGUCGCAGGUGCUGCCGCGGUCGAGAUACGCGCACGUUGCUCAGGAGUUGCUCAACGGCUUCGCUGCCUGUCUUCUGAACGACGUGGCCGACCACAAUAUCAGUGAUUUUGGUCCAGGGAACGGCGGCAUUGGCAGUGAGGCGAGCUCCAACAAGCUGAUGCUCCCCUCCAUCGAGCAACGGCAAGACGAUGUGAGGGGCGAUCUCCUGAGGCUCCUACAGCUGAUGGACCAGAGGUGCAACCGGUGCUUCGACGACAUCCAGGCCACGGCGUCCAGAUUCAGCAGCAUGGUGGCGCACUCAGGUGGAGGCGGCGGCGGCGGCGCCAUUGUUGCCGCGCCACGGUUCGCGCACCGUGCGGUUUGGGCGACGUACCAGAGGCUCAGGAAGCGGAUCACGGGCAUGAUGGUGGCUGUGGCACAGAGGGAGCAGCAGCCGUCGUCGCUGGCUGACAAGGAGCGGAGGUGGGAGUCGUCCUUCAUCCAGAAGCACUGGGCGCUGCAGCAGCUCCGGCGCGGCGACCAGCAGUCCUGGCGGCCCCAGCGCGGCUUGCCCGAGAAGUCCGUCGCCGUCCUCAAAGCGUGGAUGUUCGAGAACUUCCUCCGUCCGUACCCGAAAGACAACGAGAAGGACAUGCUGGCGGCCAGGAGCGGUCUGAGCAGGAGCCAGGUCUCCAACUGGUUCAUAAACGCGCGUGUCCGGCUGUGGAAGCCCAUGAUCGAGGAGAUGUACGAGGAGCUCAAGAGGAGCUCGGGAGGCCGGGAGGUCGAGCAUCUCAGCAGCAAAGAUGUCGUCUGUUAGAAAGGGGGCAGGCACGGCUAAGGUUGGGACUGUAUGAGUAUUAGCUAUGCUCUCAGAUCUUCUUAAGCAUCGGUGCCCAAGGCCGGUUAAUUAGCCACUCAUGCAUGAGUCAUGUCUCUGGCUAUUGUUCAUCUGAUCAAUAUAUCUAUGUAACCUUCUAAUUAGAUUGCAGUAUAUAAAAAACUAGCGGGGCGACCCGCACAGAUUGCUCGGCUAGAUUUGUAUAAUGUUAUGUUUAAUGUUUUCAUUCUCUAAGAAAUUCAAUUUAGACCUAUUGUGUUU